GGAGGUUGAUGUCACUGGCAGAGUCUUCAGGACAGGACACACCACUAGGUAUAGGUGGUCAGGGGAUCGCAGGCUCCGUUCAGAAGGAAAAAAGUGGGCAAUGUUGAAGCUAGGAUCUUGUUUAUGGACAUUGUUGGAAGGCUGUUGAUACAGUCUACAGGGCUCGUAGGUAUUUUCAAACUGAAAGGUUGAGGUAUCGUAACCGCCGCAGUAUUUUUGGAACACUUCUGAAAGGAAUAUAAAAAUGUCGUCUCCAAGUCCGGGCAAGAGGCGAAUGGAUACCGACGUGGUGAAACUCAUUGAGAGCAAACACGAGGUCACCAUUCUUAGUGGACUCAACGAGUUUGUGGUCAAAUUCCACGGACCUCCAGGGACACCGUAUGAAGGAGGUGUGUGGAAAGUUCGAGUGGAUCUACCAGAUAGAUACCCCUUCAAAUCGCCAUCAAUAGGAUUCAUGAAUAAGAUCUUUCAUCCCAACAUCGAUGAAGCGUCAGGAACCGUGUGUUUAGAUGUUAUAAACCAGACGUGGACAGCACUCUAUGAUCUCACCAACAUCUUCGAGUCGUUCCUCCCUCAGCUGCUCGCUUACCCAAACCCCAUCGAUCCUCUGAACGGAGAUGCAGCCGCCAUGUAUCUGCACCGGCCAGAGGAUUACAAGCACAAGAUCAAAGAGUACAUCCAGAAGUACGCCACAGAGGAGGCUCUAAAAGAGCAGGAGGAGGGAGGAGGCGACUCCUCCUCCGAGAGCUCCAUGUCAGACUUUUCGGAGGACGAGGCUCAGGACAUGGAGUUGUAGUGAAGGGGGAGGUCGUGUCCCCUUCGCCACAGAACAGACUAAAGAGUCAUUUCCUAAAGAGCAGAAACUGAGUACUAUAUUCAUAUUUAAACGAGACAAUUUUUUACAGCAACACAAGGAUUUGUAUGGCUACACAAGGAUUUGCAGUAUGCUAUUGCAGAAUAUUAUUUAGGAACUCAUGACCACCUGCCCUUUCCCCUCCUCUUCACCCCGAGAGCCUGCGUAGAUCUGAAAGGAGCCAUUCAUUUCCAUGAUACAUUGUGGCUUCAGGCCUUGUUGAGACCAACGAAGGGGCCAGGAGGUUUUGCCACUCAACCGAGUCAACCGACACAAAUCUAAACUGUUUACAUUCACUUUCCCAUUUGGUUACACAAGCCACACCUCACUGCCUCUUCUGUUGUCGCGUGUUUAGUUUUGUUAUUGCGUCAUCAGAUAUCAUUUUUCCCUUGCCAGCAGAUGACUGCAGGAUGACAAUCCAUGAUUUAUGGGCCGUGUAUACUCCAAAAAACCAGUGGAUUCACAUUUUUAAACAUCCCUCUUUUAUUUUCGACACUGCCGCCUUUUUCAUCAUGACGUCCAGAGGAGUCGCCGUUGCAAUCAUCGCCUCUGAGGAGUUAAAAACCUGACGGGCCGCAGUGGCGUAGUGCACAGACGGCAUCUCUGACAGGACUGCCCUCUGCAAACCGGAUGACACACACACACUACGGAACAUCAAUACUUCAACCAUGACAAGUCACACAAACACCACAGUGUGUGUGUGUGUGUGUGUGUGUUUGUGUGCGUGAGAGAGAGAGAGCAUGCAUGAAUGUAACCCAGGGAGAAUCAUCUUGCAUAGAUACCUGUGUUGAACUGAUGCCCAGUGACAUCACAUCACAAGAGAAUUUCACAAUUAUGACCCUUCUCUUCUUCAGCACCCAUUUUCUCUUCCUCCUCCUCCUCCUCUUCCUCUCCGUUUUAGGAAAGUGUUUGUCAUUCUCUGAGUAUCUUUGUAUAUUGUGGCAUGACACAGAAGUAAAGUUGUGUUGGGUUUGUGGCGAUGUACCACUGUAGACAUGGGGAGGACACCUGACUGCAGGGCCUCUGUGAGUUGGGUGGGGUUUGGGGUCGGGUGGGGGUUAUAUCCAGGUCCUUGUUGAAUUGUUGAACUUCUAAAAUUUGCCUAUUGCUUGUGUUGAACUAUAAUAGGUGUUUGAAUUGCGUAGGGAUAGUUCUUUUUUGCAGGUGGUGAAUCCUGUCAUAAUGUAUGGUUUAAUACUUAUAUAACACACUAGUUUAAAAUCUAAUUGUCCUGUAAAAAUGAGGAGAAUUAUUCAUCUUUGUGUAUGGGAUGACUCUUUGUUGAAUCAAAUCCUCCAAAGACAUGUUGCACCCCUGCACCCGUUCUUAUGCAAACACCACCAUCUUUGUCAUUGAAACUCACCAGACAGAAGUGCUCUUUGUUUCAACCAUUCACUGUCGUAGCAAUUGCUUUUUUUUUUUUCACUUUUACUUUUUCACACUGUCAACGGCCCAUAGCUUUCCAAAUGUGGGACCAAAAUCUAAUUGAUCUCCAGGCGAUGUUUCAUGUAUCCCAGAAAGGAAAUCCUCCUCGAAGUGUUUACACAGAGGUUGGGCGAGUGGGAAAAUGAAUAAUGUUCCUCUAUCUCUCGAGUGGCCAUCUCAGAUUAGAUACUUUAAUCUGAUGCAGGUUUUCUCUUGUUCUCUGUCUCAAGAGGGUAAAUUCAUAGAUUUUCUCCCGUACCAAAUCGAGUUUACCUGAAAACGUUCAGUUUUUAGCAGCCGUGUCCCACACUGGAGGAAUAGAGGAGGAGUUACCAGAUCAGUGGCUGUUUACUGUUAAACUUUACGAUGGUACACUGGUCUGUUUUCAAACAGGCUUAAAGGAAGUUCAGAACAUGCACUUGCUGCAUUACAGAUCCAGUUUUGUGUCAUUUCUGUAAGGAAGGGAAAAAAAAUAGGAAUUUUACUUUAUACCCAUCAAAAUGUGCUAUUUCCUAUUUGAUGAAAAUAAUUAUUAUAAUCAACAAUGAAAAAUGAAGCAAUCCCUUUAUAAUUAAAAAAAAAAGGUAUCGGGAUCUUUUCCAUGAUGUCUGGCUGGAAGGUAUUGACCUUCAUCUGGAAAUUAACAGGUUGGUAAAACUAGCAUGUCACUGUGUUUUUUCACAUGGCAUUAAAGCAUAUUUGAUAAAUAGCCUAAUUAAGGGCUACAAUUAGAGUUGAUUAACCAAAUAUAUGUUGGACUAGUUCUUAGGACAGUAAGAUGUCCUGGUUAAUUUUUGCCUUGAGUAAAUUGUAAUUUUCAAGUAAAACAACUACUGUCCAACCUUGUUGUUUGUAACCAUUUGGGUUCAUCAGUAUAUUAUGUAUUUUUUUUAAUGAUACAUAUAUUUGAUGCCUAUAAUUUGUUUGAAUGUUUUUAUUUUUAUCUUUUAAGCCCUACGUCCGGGAUACAAGUCAAGAUAUCCCUGUUUUUGUUUUGUUUUUUAAAUGCAAAAAAAAAAGAAGAGUAAAUGUGCUUCCCUUGUAAAUUGGAGAAAGAAAUAAAAAAUAUGAUAAACUAA